GCGUCGUGCCUGGGGCGAUGAGCCAACUCAAGCCCCGCCCCCAGGAGGCCCCGCCCCUGCUGGUGGUUGCUAGGCGGCAAGAAAGCGCCGGCUCAGUGUGGGCGGCACGCGGAGGCGCGAGUAGGGUGGUGACCGUCGCCGAGCGGCGUUGGGUAUCGACCGCCGCCGCCACGAUUCGGCGCCCAGCGACGUGGGCGGGGAGUCCUCUGAGCAGAGGCGGCCGAGCGGGGGCGCUCGUCGGCCCUCCGUGUCUCUCUCAGGCCUCACCGCUGGAAGUCAGCGAUUAUCUCGUUAUAAGGAAAAUGAAUCAUUCCUCAAAGGCAAAAGGUACUGUUACUCUAAAAUCAGAUAAGCAACGCUCGGGAAAAAGCCUCACAGCACCUUUGCCACAGGUUCCGAAGGCAAAGGCGAAACCAACACAACAAGACAUUUCGGCUCGAAAAAUACAAAGAGCGUGGUUCGUCCAUUUGGACAAAAUGAUAUUUCAACUCCUAAAACACACAAUUUGUGCAGCGGAGUAUUGCGUGACUCAUGAAAUACUGAAGAAUGUGUGCCCCUUAGAAGCUGAACUUGUCAAAGAUCCUAGCAUGAAGUGUAAAGUCAGAUUCAGAUUUAGCGGUGAAACAUUUCCACCUUUCAUCGUAUUUAAAAUUUUUCUUCAUACUGAGGGCCAUGGCUACAAGUAUUUCAGCGGGAAAAAUUUAUUAAAACCAUCAAGCAAGGGAGUAAUCGAUGCUUGUAAAAUGAUGGGCAGAAAGAAAUUUUAUGAGCAAAUCAUGGAAGAUGAACGUCUUUCUCAGAAGUUCAGAAUAACUGACCAUGUAGAUAUUGUUACCACACAAGAUUACAUGCAAUAUUCCAGUCUUCUGGAUGAGAUCCCUGCCUCCUCUGGUGGCAGGAAUAACCUUUGGCGAAGAUUAAACCUCAAAAGCAUUCCCAGGACAAUGAUGAUGUAUGACAUAGUUAAGUAUGCAGAGUCUGGAGUAAUGUCAGCCCGUUUACAAAAAGAAGUAAAGUAUCUAUUACAGAGACCACGAACGGAAGAGAUCCGUCAACGCCAGCUACAGAUUGUUUCUGAAGUCAGAUGUCCAUCCUUUGCGAGUCUGCAGCCUUUAUAUCGGCCCUACCAACAGCAAAGCAAAGUGAGACACUUGGGGCGUCGAUCCAAGCAAGCACAAAUGAAAGUUGAAAAAAUGAGAAAAGCUUAUAUGACACCGGAGAAAAAAGAUGCUUCUGAAGUAACUCAACCGCAAACAGCCGCAGCACCUAAAAGGAUACAAGAGACGAUUGUGUUCUCCAGCCCAUCUUUUGACAUUGUGAAAUUUAAAGAACUCAUCCCAGGUAGUGAAUUGGAAGAAGAGGAAGAAGAAAAGGAAAUAUUUGCCUGGUAUCAACAGUUGUAUCAUCAGUAUUUUCCCUGAUGUUGACACGGAGCUAAUUGACAGGACACCAGAGUUGCUUGUCUGUCUAUAAAUAAAGGACAAUCAAAUGA